UCACUCCUUCGGAGCGGUCCAAUUGCGUUGACAUUUCAAUGAAAAUUCAGCAACGCAAACGACUUUGGAAAAAAUAAGCAGUCGAUAGGUGUUGGACGUGUUUUUUACGGAGAAAAUUUGUUAAACAAGGCAGGUGGCUGGCAUUUUCAAUUAGUUUUUUUCUAAUAAAAAUUAAUGUGAAAAUAAUAAAUAUGUGGCAAGAAGAAAUAAUAUGUUAAUACUGGAGUUCAACGGCAUACGAAAUCGCUUUGUAUAUAUGUACGUAUCAAAGCAGCUGGUGAUACGCGUAAUAUGCCGAGAAUUUCCUUGCAAUUCUUUGCUAAUGGAGCAAUUGGAAAUAAAUAAUUAAGAAUAUAAAAGCUGUGCCACUUGUUGUUUUGGAACCAUUACUGAAUGUGCUGAAUGCUUGGCUCAUUUGUAGGCGUAUUUUUUUGGAUCAUCUGUUACGUCGAUCACGAAAUUUUCUGUCACAUUCACUGUGUGCAUUAAUCGUUUGUAAGUAGACUUCCUGUUGACGCUCUGCCACUUGCAGAUACCAGCUACUCGCGCCUCUUUCUGGUUUAGUGUUAUUAACUCAAGCACAUUCCCAUCAUGGCGACUGGUGAGGCAGCUGACUCCAUUGAAAUGUCAGCGGUGAAUCAACAAGCCACUCAGCACGCAGAUAACACCGCUGAAGUUGUUACCCCCUCGUCUUCGAAACCCUCAACACCACCACCACCCCUUGUCGUCAAUGCCGUCACCAUAGCACCUUCUGUCAGUCCAGAAAAUAAAGUUUCCGCCGACGCAACUUUCUCGCAAUUACUGGACGUCCACCAGAGCAAAAAUGCCGAAAAUAGUAUAGUGCCUGCUGUUCCGUCUACAUCUCGAAGCUAUUAUAGCGAAGCGGCAGCGGCGCAUGGUGGCGACGAAUCAACCCGUCUAAUGCAUGCCGAAAUGGCAGUAAAUGCCGCACAGCAGCAGCGUCUGCGUAGCGCAAGUAGCACACUGGAUGCGAGUGUUUCGCGUAAUCCAUCGUCCGCCGGCAAGCACGAGAAGAAAAUUGGGCACCGGCGCGUUGACGAAGGCGGCGAGGUAACAUACAAACGUAUACAAUCCAAACAAAUAAUGGGUUCCAUCCAACUCGGCAUUCAACAUACGGUCGGCAGUUUGGCGAGCAAACCUAAACGCGACCUGCUAAUGAAAGACUUUUGGGAAAUGGAAACUAUUGCUUUUCCGCCAGACGGUUCCUCGAUAACACCAGCGCAUCACUAUAGUGAAUUUCGUUUUAAAGUGUACGCGCCUAUCGCUUUUCGUUAUUUUCGCGAUUUAUUCGGUAUAGCGCCCGAUGACUUUUUGAUGUCGAUGUGUGCAUCGCCUUUGCGCCAGCUUUCCAAUCCUGGCGCGUCCGGCUCGAUCUUUUACUUGACCGAUGAUGACGAAUUCAUAAUAAAGACAGUGCAAAAAAAGGAGUGCGAGUUCUUACAAAAAUUGCUGCCAGGCUACUACAUGAAUCUCUCGCAGAAUCCACGCACUUUACUGCCAAAAUUUUUCGGACUCUAUUGUUUUCAUUACAAUGCAAAGAAUGUACGCCUUGUAGCAAUGAAUAAUUUGCUGCCAUCCGACAUUAAAAUGCAUGCCAAAUAUGAUCUAAAGGGCUCCACCUUUCGUCGUAAGGCUUCGAAAGCUGAACGCCAGAAGGCUAGUCCUACGUUUAAGGACCUUGACUUCAUGGAUCACCAUCCGAAUGGUAUUUUUCUUGAAACUGACAAAUAUAAUGCGCUAAUAAAGACAAUUCAACGGGACUGUAUGGUGCUGGAGAGUUUCCAAAUAAUGGAUUACUCGCUGCUGGUAGGCAUCCAUAAUCUGGAUUUAGCACAAAAGGAGAAACGUGAAGAGCGGAUACGUAAUGCACGUGCCAAGUUGCAACGAUCGGACGAAGUACGAGAGACACAGGAUCCCCCCGAUUUUGAUCAAACGAUGAAUGCUGGCUCGAACACAGCAUUGCAGUCGGCUGGCACCGCACUGAAUCGCUCGCGAAGCAUGAAUCGUCAACGACUGGUGGCGCAUUCGACCGCACUGGAGUCAAUCACCGCCGACAUGGAUAUACCCAUGGAGGAGGACGAAGAUGUGCCAGCUGGCGGUAUACCAGCGCGCUCUGAAAAUGAUGAGCGCCUCAUAUUAUACAUAGGUAUAAUCGACAUUUUACAAUCAUAUCGCUUAGAGAAGAAACUCGAGCACACGUUCAAGAGCAUCAUCUACAAUGGCGACACUGUAUCGGUGUGUCGUCCAUCUUUCUAUGCGCAGCGUUUUCAGAAUUUCAUGAGCAAAACUGUAUUUAAGAAGACGCCAACCUUUCCGCUGAAACAUUCCCCGUCUAAGCGAAAGACUUCGACAACGCUACGCACACCACAACGAACGCCAUCACAGAAUUUAGCCUCGCACACACGUCCGCCUUUGUUGUCUGGCUCAUCGACGCCGCCACCUGCUUUUGAUGACAUUUCCGAGGAAGACAUCACCGCUACGUCAUCCACAACGGGUGGCAUGUAUCGCAACUCUGCUUCGAGGGGUAUACGCACUCAACUGGCGCCACAGCGUUCCUACCUCAGUUCGAACCGCAGUGCAGUAAGCAGCGCCACGGACGACUAUAGUGACGAUGAAAUAGCGUCCACCAGUGGUGCACGCUCACCAACGCGACGUGCAUAUUCACCGCGACUCUCCAGGUCCGAUGUACAAGUUACGACAAUAGGUUGUGAUGAAGUUGCGCCAGUACAAGCACACGACACCGACAGCGAUGGCAUUAUUGUCAACAAUAAGAUGGGUGUAUUGAUGAGCAGCAGCGAGGAGAUCAAUGUCAAUGGUACACAGCAUGUGACGCAGAAGACAACUGUCGUUAAGGCAGUGCAAUCGCAAACCUACACAACCACGUUGGUGUUGAAUGAUGUGAGAUGAGAUGCGCGGGUGGGGAGAAGCGCAAUGGACAAUGGCUCAGGUUAAGACGAUUAAUUUGGGAAAGAAGGCGAAAACAUAUUGUAUAAACGAAUGGGCUGUUGUGCGAUAUAAUUCGAAGAUAGCAAACAAAGCUCGAUAAGUUUGGCAUGAAAAGUGGUGAAACCAAUGCCAUUAAAAACAUUUAGACCAAGUGCGCUUAAUACUAUUUUAUAUACAUAUAUGCCUGUAUUUAUUAGAAUUAAUGAUAGCUUAUAAAAAAUUCACUUCUUGUAGAAACUAGUUGACUGUAGCGACUCCCACAAUGUCAAUUCUAUGUGAUGCGUUCACCUUUUUGCCAAUUCAUGCUAUGUAUGUGUCUUCUGAUGCAAGCAAGUGGAAGUUGUGGAUAUUCGUAUUAUUAAAGUACAGCUGCAGCGGUGUUGCUGCUUCAAUAAACGAAAUUGUAUUUUAUAUGUAGGCUAUUCGAUUGCUUUGAGUAUUAAUUUCCAAUUUUGCUUUAUUUACAUUAUUAUAAUGCCUGCAAUGAUUAGGCACUUAUGGCUAUCACUUUUAUUAUUUAAAUUAUUUCUGUUGAACGUCCUUAACUAAUUGGCUACUGCAAACCGAUUAUGGUUAUUAUUAUAUUUUUUCCAGAAAAGAAUUCUCGAAAAUUACCGAAAAGUGCACACGAAUUGUGUGAAAUUGGCAGUGAUACAGGUUUUUAUUAUUAGAAAAUAAAUAAAUAGAAUACCAGGCGAUGGGAUGGUACGUUAAUAAUUAACUACUGGUAUUAUAAAUGAACUAAACGAAUAAAUCUAAUUUUUAGCAGUACAAUUAAAUAUUUAUAAAUGUGUGCGAACAUAUAAAUUUAACAGUUCAUACACUCUUACACUGCAGAUUGUUGCAACGCUAAGAGUCUACUAUAUAAUUAUACGUAGUAUUAAAAUUACAAAUCGAAAAGGGAGCAAUCAACACAUAUCGAUAUUUUUAUGUACAUACAUGUAUGCAAUAAACUUUAAUAAAUGAGUGUAGAUUUUUCAGAAAAAAGGUAAUCUUCUCAUGUUCACACAUUCCUUAUAGUUGAUGUUAGUAUGUAUUGAAUGCCAAGUUGAGUUAUUGACUCGUUGGUUUUCCAUAGCGAAUUUUCAGCUGUUAUUGUGCGCGGCAGUUCGCUUUCAGCAAUUGUUUGCAUUAAUAUUUUAUUAUUAUUGCAUUAUACCGUAAACAAUUUUUGCCGUAAAAUUUAAACAGCUUGUAUUGGUGUAUUUUCAGAAAUAGCCUUAUUGUGAAGCUGCUGGAUUAAGGAGCGCUAGCGCUUAAUAGUUAUUGGGUUUUUAAUUACAUAUGUAUAUGUAUGUAUGUAUGUGUUUAUAAGUAUACACUGAUUUGAAUUAAGGCAAUAUUAAGUGUUAACCCAAUUGGCAUUAGGCAUUGAGAUUAACUUUAGCUUAAGCUACGAUUUGACGUACUUUCCAAAUGAGUGACGAUGAUUUUCAAAAUUACUUCUAAAAGGCUUUUCGUAGAAAAACAAUCGUAAGGCGGUUGACGGUAAUUCGAAAUAAGCUCAUUCAUGGUGGUAAUUAAAGCGGAUAAGCCUCACAAAUUAAUCUUAAGGACCUCAGUUCUAUAAGUCUUUCGUUCUAUGCUCUUAGAACACUUCGAAGGAUUGUUAGCACCUUCCUUGCUGACACAAUCGACAGCCGACUACUGUAAGAUAACCAACAUGCAUACCGAAAAGGUAAAUCCACCUAGGGAGAUCUCACUUCAUAGUUUGGUCGCUUAUAUAGAGAAAUCUCGUUCUGUGUCGUUGCUUUCCUGAAUUUUGAAGUCGCAUUCAACAACGAGGCUAUAACUGACACUGCAAGCUUUCUAAGGAUGGAUAAUUCCCCGGUGGAGUUUGUCGGUUGUUGUUGUUGUUGUAAUAGCAUACAGAUUUCCCAAAGAGUUUUUGUGAAUGUUGCUGGAGUGACAGUCCUUGGCCAGAUAUAAAUCUGGGUCGUUCCGGUUACGUAGACCCGACUAUCGUGGGAACGGAAGUUUAUCGGUCAGCUACUCUGGUAUAGAGUAGUGAAAGCAAGGCUGGGAGCAUGCGAAAUGUCGAGGCUAGUGACAAGGGGUACCCCUAGCAAAGAACAUUGAUAACAAGA